AUGGUAGGCCUAUCCUUUGGAAAAAAGCAGGAAGCGACACCGCCAAAUGCUUCGCAGCAGAUUCAAUUAACAUGGCCCGACGACUACGUAACCGUGGGUGCGGAUGACCAGUUUGUGUCAGUUGACCACGAAGACCUAUAUCAAGGAGAGGUUCGCAGAGACGGCAAGAACCAGGGCGAAAAGAAGCGUAUUCUCUUUCGUCCUCAAGUGACGGUCAACGUUUUCGGCAACAACGGAUCGAACUCUGGAGCCACAGGAGCAGAAGGGUCCGAGCCAAGCAGCACAGAACCAACCAAGGAAAAGAAGACCGAACAGUCUGAUGCUAUCAUAGCCGAUUUGACGGCCAAACUUGCAGCUUUAUCCCAAAAAGUUGACGAGCUUUCCGAGUUAGCAUCCGCUCGGAGACCUCGAGUUGAAUGCGGGUUGUGGAACACGAGCGAGGUUCGCUCUUGGGAACAUCCUUCGAACGAUACCAAAGGGCGAAUCUGGUUUGAAAAAGAGUUCAAAUCUGUCCCAAAGGUAACAACUGGGAUGUCCUCAGCCGACGUGUCUAAAAAUGCAAACUUUAGAGUGUCCGUCUAUCCGACAGAAAUAGAUACAAAAGGAUUUAAAGUUAAUGUACAUGGCUGGGAUAAUACGGUGAUAUAUUCUUGCGGGGUGUCGUGGGUCGCAAUAGGCGAAUAG